CCGUUAGGGUACCGCAGGGGAUGCUUUCGCCGUCGUCUUCUUCGGCGAGUUCUAAAAACUUCUGCAAUCGGCCCUCCAAUCGGAUGUACUACCCCUCCAAUUUCAAGCGGAGCGCCGCCCCGGCCCGUGUUAUGUUCUUCCAGAACGAUUCAUGGAAUGACUUGCCGACCCCGAUCGUCGAAUUUCUGCGUUCGGGUUUCGUGGAGCGGAAGGCGGUCGUCAGCGUUGAAAUCGAGGGGUCAACGGUUUUGUUUGACUUUGUGCGGAUGUUGCAGAUUGAUUUGGGGGCUGGGACUCAGAGAUCGAUCGCUUGGAUUGACGUGAACGCCAAGCCCUUCUUCCCUAGGGCGUUUGUCAGCGAGGAUUUGGUGGACGGGUCGGAUAGUCCCAAGGUCCAAAUCAACAAACGGAUCAACGUAUCGGGUCGGGUAUUGGGCAAGAGGCAGACGGGGGAACGGCCGAUGGAUGAGGACGAAGUGACGUCGUCAAUAACGCCGCGGAGUUCGGAGUGGCCGAAUGUGAGGUUGGUGGGAGAACCUGAGAGGGUUUAUACUGUUUGCAGCAAUUUGUUUCUCGCCGGGAUGAAGAAGGUUGAUCUCGCGGCUGCUGUGACGGCAAUUCAUCAGUGCGUUCGGGACGGGCCGUUGGAUAAGGCUCGAUUGGAGGUCUUUCAGAAGCAAAUUGAGAUCACCACGGCGGCUCGGGGCUCGGCCAAUGUCAUAUACGCCUGGUGCGGAGUGUCGGGCAACGAUGUGAAAGGCAUUUUGACACAUGGGUUUGGCGCACCCAGCAAGGUUUCUGGGCCGCAGUCGCAUGGCAUUGGUCUUCAUCUUUCGCAUUUAUCGGUGCCUUUUCUAAGUGCUGGGCAGUCGGAGUGGGAUGAUAAUGGCGAAAAAUAUGCUAUUUUGUGCCGGGUUAUACUAGGCAAUGUUGAAAAAAUUGAGGCAGGUUCUAAACAAUGUUACCCUUCUGGUGUGGAAUUCGAUAACGGUGCAGAUGAUCCUAAGAAUCCCAAGUGGUAUGUCAUAUGGUCUACCAACAUGAAUAGACAUGUGCUUCCGGAGUGUGUUGUGAGUUACAAGUCGAAUUACGUGCCAGCUCAAUCGGUGCGAAGAGCAUACCCUGUUGAUAUGUUAAUUUCGAAGAUUAAGAGCCAUCUUCCUCCUUCUAAAGUUCAGGAACUUUCCUCUUUGGUAUGCGAGUUGAAGGGUGGAAAGCUGGCCAGGGAUGAUUUCGUCAAACAGUGCAGAUCAGUUACUGGAGAGCAAUUGAUGGCAUCUGCUCUUAACGACUUGCGUCUCCAGAAGCAAGAAAGAGUGCAUCAAUCAGACUUCGGUUGCUUGACAUGGAUGGCUGAAGGUGUAUUGUCAUGUAAGUCAAGCCAUCUAAAAUGUAUCGUUGCAUGCACUGACCUUCUAAAAUGUCUCGUUCCCGUCACAGGUGUGCAGUGAUGUGGCAACUGGUGUGGCAGGGUUUUGUGGAUCAAUAAAUGCAGAUUACAUUCAUGGAACGCGAGGUGCAACUCCUCCAAAUCUUCAACGUGAACUGUGAGUAUUUAUUUUGAUGAUCGUUAUCCAGCAAUUCUGUUUAUGUUUUGUGUUAAUUGAUAGUAUAUCAGGUGUGCUCUGUGAUUUUAUUAUUUGAUGUGUUGCUCAUAAAGAAAGCAAGCUAUUUUAAAUCAGCAAGGGCCGAGGGGUGGUAGACAAUUUUGUGAGAGUAUAUUUGUUCUGGUGGUUUCCCAUAAAGACUUUUUAUUGUUAGUAUUACAGUUGUGCAGAAACAUGUGCUGUGCCGCAGCUUUCAAGCUGAGCGCACGUUUUAGAGCGGCUUACUGGUCCCAAUCCCAAUCACUUUGUCCAUCUGGGUGAAACAGAUUUCCCAGCUGGUGGUGGAAACCUGAGUUCAGAGUCCUCAGACCCCAAUCCAGUCGACUUUGAAUGUGCGGCCUAAUUCCGAAUGAAACUGUAAUCAUGUAAAUGUUGUCUGAAGGCGGUAAGUGCUAUAACAGGAGCGAAAAAUGUGCAAGUGAGGAUAUCAUUUCCUGAAAGAUAUGGGGAUUUUGUUGAAGUCCUCAGUUAUAAAUUUUUUAUUUUUCUGAGAAGGAACAUGGAAACCAGAGCAAAAGGGCAGCCAAGCCGCAGAGCCCAAUCAGCCCGGACUCGCACCAUAAACAAGCCAGCAUGGAGGAUAAAAAAAUAAAGAAGAAACUGCAGAAGGACCAAGCAAUCUACAGAGAAGGAGCAAUGCUGAUAAAUCGAAGGCCGGCCAAAUAUUUUACGGUCAGGGAGAACAUAAGUCCGACAAUCCACAGGUGAUAAUCGGCUGCUCAUCCCCAGUUUCAUCCCAGUAUGGUUUCUGUUGGUUGUUGAGGCCGUGACAUAUAUCUGGUUCUGGAAAAACAAAGUCGCGUACCUCUUGGCGAGUUAUGGAGUUGAUCAUUUUGAGACACGCGGUGACUUGAGGGCUCGAUUGUUUCUGUAGAUAUCAUUUGGGUUCUGACAAUUCUUAGUAAUCUUAAACUUCUUCGUCCAAAUGGAAUA